AACUUUGUUUACGUUUUUACUUGCUGGAAUUCUUGAAUAAUGGACAACAUGAAAGAGUAUCCCGUGCUGACGAAUUCGCGGCCCGAGUUUAAACAAAUACCCGAAAAAUUGAAUAAGCAUCUGGCCAAUUUGGGUGCACCGCAUGUGGACUCUUUUGAUGAAAUGCUCAGCGUGGGCCUGGAGCAUGUGGCCAGAUAUAUGGUGCCGCAGCAAUUCCAAACACCCGCCGGCGAGCGCAUUAGCAUAAAUAUUGAGAGCAUUUGGAUAACCAAGCCGCAGGUGCCGAUGGACGUGAUUGAUGUGCGCACCCGUGAGAUAUAUCCAACAGAUGCACGGCAAUUACACGCUUCCUACUCGGGUGUGUGCUCAGUGCGUCUAGGCUGGAGUGUCAACGAUCUGGAAAAGACCCCAAUCAAUAUGGACCUGGGUGAAGUGCCGGUCAUGCUACGCUCACGCGCUUGCAAUCUGGGCAAGGCCACGCCCCAAGACAUGGUUAAGCAUGGCGAGCACGACAGCGAGUGGGGCGGCAUCUUUGUGAUACGCGGCAACGAGAAGAUCGUGCGCAUGCUCAUCAUGACGCGUCGCAAUCAUCCCAUCUGCGUGAAGCGCUCCUCGUGGAAGGAUCGCGGUCACAAUUUCAGCGAACUGGGCGUCAUGGUGCAAACAGUGCGAGACGAUGAGCUGUCCCUGACCAAUGUGCUGCACUAUCUCAACAAUGGCACCGCACGCUUUAUGUUCUCCCAUGUCAAGCGCCUGUCCUACGUACCCGUCUGCCUCAUACUCAAGUGCCUAAUGGACUACACGGACGAGCAGAUCUAUAAUUGUCUGGUGCAGGGCUACGAGUCGGAUCAAUACUAUUUGACCUGUGUGCAAAGCAUGCUGCGUGACGUGCAGAACGAGGGCGUCUACACAUCCGCCCAGUGUCGCUCCUUUAUUGGCACCCUCUUCCGUUCGCGUUUCCCCGAAGUGCCCGACUGGCUGCCGGAUGAGGCCGUGACCGAGUAUAUAAUGCGCGAGCGCAUCAUGGUCCAUCUGUCGACGAACGAGGAGAAAUUCCAGUUGAUUGUGUUUAUGGUGCAAAAGCUAUUUCAGUGCGCACAGGGCAAGUACAAGGUGGAGAACGUCGACUCGGCCAUGAUGCAGGAGGUGCUGCUGCCCGGACAUCUAUACCAGAAGUAUCUGGGUGAACGCAUUGAGAUGUGGUUGCUGCAGCUGCGCCGGUGUCUGCUAAAGAAACUCAACGCACCGGAUUCGCUGGCGAGCAGCAGCAUCAUGACGCAGUGCAUGCGACAGGCGGGCGGCGUGGGACGCGCCAUGGAAUCCUUUCUCGCCACGGGCAAUGUGGCCUCGCGCACUGGCCUGGGUCUGAUGCAGAGCAGCGGUCUAGUCAUUAUGGCGGAGAACAUCAAUCGCAUGCGUUACAUGUCCCACUUUCGGGCCAUACAUCGUGGCUCCUACUUCACCACGAUGCGCACGACGGAGGCGCGUCAGCUACUGCCCGAUGCCUGGGGCUUCAUUUGCCCGGUGCACACGCCCGAUGGCACGCCCUGCGGCCUGCUUAACCAUCUGACCCUGACCUGUGAGAUAUCCAAGCGUCCGGACCCGAAGCUGGUGCAAGCUAUUCCAGCUAUGCUAUUGGAGAUGGGCAUGAUGCCUUUGUCGCAGCAGGGCCAGCCGGAUGCCAAGCUGUAUGUGGUGUUUCUGGAUGGCAAACACUUGGGCCACAUUUUCCAAACCGAAGCUACCAAAAUGGUCGAGGAUUUGCGCUAUGCCAAGAUCACGGGAAAAGUGCCUGAAAUGAUGGAAAUUGGUUUUAUACCGUACAAGAAAAAUGGCCAGUUCCCGGGUCUGUUUCUAUCCACAGGCCCGACGCGCAUGAUGCGUCCCGUGUGGAACCUGAAAUGGCAGCGCGUCGAAUACAUCGGCACACUGGAGCAGCUGUACAUGGAAAUAGCCAUCGAUGAAAAGGAAAUGUAUCCGGAUUUCACCACACAUCUCGAACUCUCCAAGACGCACUUUAUGAGCAACCUGGCCAAUCUUAUACCAAUGCCGGACUACAAUCAGUCGCCGCGUAACAUGUACCAGUGCCAGAUGGGCAAACAGACGAUGGGCACACCAUGCCUCAACUGGCCCAAGCAGGCGGCCAACAAGCUGUACCGACUGCAGACGCCAGCGACGCCGCUGUUCCGUCCGGUGCACUACGAUAACAUACAGCUGGACGACUUUGCCAUGGGCACCAAUGCCAUUGUGGCUGUCAUUUCGUAUACGGGCUAUGACAUGGAGGACGCCAUGAUCAUCAAUAAGUCGGCCUAUGAGCGUGGAUUUGCCUACGGCAGCAUCUACAAGUCCAAGUUUGUGCAGCUGGCCAAAAAGCAAAGCUACUUUGCCCGGCAUCCGCACAUGCCGGAGCUGAUCAAGCAUCUGGACACGGACGGGCUGCCGCAUCCGGGCACCAAGCUCAGCUAUGGUUCGCCUCUCUACUGCUAUUUCGACGGGGAGGUCUCCACAUUCAAAGUGGUCAAAAUGGACGAGAAGGAGGACUGCGUCGUGGACAGCGUGCGUCAGUUGGGCAGCUUCGAGCUGAUGCCCCGCAAGACCGUGUGCAUAACGCUGCGCGUGGCCCGACCGGCGACCAUCGGUGAUAAGUUCGCCUCACGUGCCGGCCAAAAGGGCAUCUGCUCACAGAAAUAUCCCGCUGAGGAUUUGCCCUUCACCGAAUCGGGUCUCAUACCGGAUAUUGUGUUUAAUCCCCAUGGUUUCCCCUCGCGUAUGACCAUCGCGAUGAUGAUUGAGACAAUGGCGGGCAAAAGCGCUGCGGUCCAUGGCGGUGUCUAUGACGCGACACCGUUCCGCUUCUCGGAGGAUAACACAGCCAUCGAUUACUUUGGCAAAAUGCUGGAGGCGGGCGGCUACAAUUAUUAUGGCACGGAGCGUCUCUACUCCGGCGUCGAUGGACGCGAAAUGACAGCGGAUAUAUUUUUUGGCGUGGUGCACUACCAGCGCCUGCGUCACAUGGUCUUCGACAAGUGGCAGGUGCGCUCCACGGGCGCCGUGGAGGCGCGCACAAAUCAGCCGAUCAAGGGCCGAAAACGUGGCGGUGGCGUGCGUUUCGGUGAGAUGGAGCGCGAUGCUUUGAUCUCGCAUGGUGCCGCCUUUCUGCUGCAGGAUCGCCUCUUCCACAACUCAGACAAGACGCACACGCUGGUCUGCCACAAAUGCGGCAGCAUUCUGGCCCCGCUGCGUCAGAUCAUCAAGCGCAACGAGACGGGCGGCUUGUCCUCCAUGCCAGACACUUGUCGCCUUUGCGGCGACAGCAGCGGCGUCUCCAUGAUCGAAAUUCCAUUCUCGUUCAAAUUUCUGGUAACCGAACUGAGCUCGGUCAAUAUAAAUGCCAGAUUCAAGCUGAGUCACAUCUGAGACUCGUUCUAGUUAUUCAAUUGUUGUGCAUACCUAUACCUAUUAUCGCUAUGACUAAUCUUUUACAUAUAUUUGUAAUAAA